GACGGAUUUAUCGGAUGAUUGAGAAGCUCCCAGGAAGACUAUAAAAGAACCCCGGGCGGCCUUUUGGCUUGUAUUUUGUAUUUUUCUGCGCGAUGGCGCAGUUGGGAUUAAUUAUUUUCGCCCUGUGCUUGGGUGCUAGUGUUGCAGUGGAUUUUGGAGGACGUCCCCUGCCGCAGUCUGACGAAGACGGUCAGCCAGGAUGUCGCACUCGCCGAGAAUUUGGACGGUUCUGGCGCAAUCAUGAGGAUCCCACGAGGUAUUGGGAGUGCGUGGCUUGGGCACAAGGAGCAGAAUCCCGAAAUUGCCCUCCAUUCACGCAAUUCCAGGAAGAGUGGCAAACUUGUGUUCCUGAACAUUUGUGGCAGUGGUCUCCACCCCUUUCGCCACCCAGUCGACCCACGGAUACUGUGAAUCCCUGUGAACCCCUCGAUUUACCCACUCCCUGUCCUCCUGGACAAACCACGACCCCUUGUCCUCCUUGUCCACCUGAAGGGGAGACAACAACUCUCUGUCCUCCAUGCCCAGAUGUGCCUCCAGAGGAGCCACCGCCAGGAGAACCGCAGUGCGUAGGACCUCCUCCAAUCACCGGAGGACUCUCCUGUAACGUACCAGCGUGCACAAUCGACGAGUUCAAUCGCAAUGUGCUAUUUCCCAGCCUCACUCCAACCCAGUUCUAUCAGUGCGCUGGUGUAGGCUUCCCCGUGGUUAUGCCUUGCUCUCCCGGAACAUGUUUCCAAUUUGAGCAGCAGGUCUGUGUCCACCCAAGUAACUGGACCAACACCUGUUCAUCUGCAAUUUUCUAGGAUCAGCGGGAAAGACCAGAAAUAAUACCGGAAGCUUCUGGAUAACUCCAGACAAACAUAAUCAUUUUAAUAAAGGUUUUGGUAAAUAAA